GGCAGCCGCCCUCCGCCAGUCGCCGGCCGGCCAUGGCGGUGUGCGCGCGGCUGUGCGGGGUGGGGCCGGCGCGGGGCUGCCGGCGGCGCGGGGCGCAGCGGGAGCAGCGGCGGGAGGGCCCGGCCGACAGCGAGCCCGACACGGACGCCGAGGAGGAGCGGAUCGAGGGAGCCCGGCUGGGACCAGGGGCGGCUCCAGCCCCCGCCCCGGCCCCGCUCUCCCUGCUGGAGCUGCCCCCCGAGCUCCUGGUGCAGAUCUUCGGCUCCCUGCCCGGCACCGACCUGCCCAGCCUGGCCCGGGUCUGCAGCACCUUCCGCCGCAUCCUCCGCACCGACACCAUCUGGCGGCGGCGCUGCCGGGAAGAGUAUGGUGUCUGCGAGAACUUACGGAAACUGGAGAUCACAGGAGUGUCCUGUCGAGAUGUCUAUGCCAAACGUAUAAAUCCACGAGUGAAGUCGGGGCGUUUUAUGAAAAUCCUUCCCGACUACGAACACAUGGAGUACAGAGAUGUUUACACCUGCCUGCUUCACCGAUACCGACACAUCUUGGGACUGUGGCAGCCAGACAUUGGGCCAUACGGGGGACUGCUGAACGUGGUGGUAGAUGGCUUUUUUAUCAUUGGCUGGAUGUACUUGCCCCCUCAUGACCCUCACGUGGAUGACCCAAUGAGGUUCAAGCCCCUUUUCCGGAUUCACUUAAUGGAGAGGAAAAGUGCGACUGUUGAGUGUAUGUACGGCCACAAGGGGCCCCACAAUGGCCAUAUCCAGAUCGUAAAGAAGGACGAAUUCUCCACAAAGUGCAACCAGACAGAUCACCAUCGAAUGUCAGGAGGAAGGCAGGAGGAAUUCCGGACGUGGCUGAGGGAAGAAUGGGGCCGGACUCUGGAGGAUAUCUUCCAUGAGCAUAUGCAAGAGCUCAUCCUGAUGAAGUUCAUCUACACCAGCCAAUAUGACAACUGCUUGACAUACCGACGCAUCUACCUCCCUCCUAGCAACGCUGAUGACCUCUUAAAGCCAGGUCUCUUCAAGGGAACUUACGGGAGCCACGGCCUGGAGAUUGUCAUGCUGAGUUUUCAUGGGAAGAAAGCCAAAGGGACUAAAAUAACUGGAGAUCCCAAUAUCCCAGCUGGCCAGCAGACAGUGGAGAUCGACCUGGCGCACCCCAUCCAGCUCCCUGACAUCGAGAACCUGCGCAACUUCAAUGAGCUGUCCCGCAUUGUCCUGGAGGUGCAGGAGCAGGUGCGCCGGGAGCAGCAGGAGGAGGAGGAAGGGCAGGACGAAGAGGAGGGCCGCUCCCGACAGGGCGACUCACAGCAAGUGGAGCAGCCUGCGCAGAGGGACGAUGCUGGGGCUGAGGGGACUGAGGCUGCGGGGGCGGCAGCAGUCCAGGAGUCGGCGCCGACCUCGCAGCCUUUUGUGCUGCCCGUGGGAGUCAUAUCAAGGAACGAGGAUUAUCCCCGGACCUGCCGGAUGUGUUUUUAUGGCACGGGGCUCAUUGCUGGACACGGCUUCACCAGCCCUGAGCGAACCCCGGGCAUCUUCAUUCUCUUCGAUGACGAUCGUUUCGGGUUCAUCUGGCUGGAGCUGAAAUCCUUCAGCCUCUACAGCCGGAUCAAGGUCUCUUUCCAGAACGCCGAGGCGCCGUCCCGAGAGGCCUUCGAUGAAAUGCUCAAAAACAUUCAGUCCAUGACGACUUGACAGGCGGCCCCUGGUGGACAGAGGAGGGAUUGCGAAGAACGCUUCUGCUCUCUCCUGCCAAGGACAGAACUCCUGCCUGUGGUACCUCUGAACAAAAGCAUGCACUUUUCAAUAAGGCCUUUUUGCCAAAAUCUACACAUCCCUGUUAGAAUACAAACAGAAUCCCCACACUGCUCCCUGGCAGUACUUUCUAUAUAGUCUGCGACACCACUCUGCAUAGUGGGAGGGAACCUACACAGGAGGGAAAUGAGCAUGCUCACAUUUUUAAAAAAAAUGUAUCAGAGCAAAAUUCCUUAGAGGCCAACGUUGAGGAACAUGUAAAUAAUCGAUAUAGCAGAUAUAAUAUAUACGUGCUCUCUGCUCUAGCCAUUGGCAGAUCUCUGCAGAAGGCAAACCCUUCAGUGUCAUGUUCAAUCUUUCCUGCAGCCGGCCCAAUCUAAUAAUUUGAAGACUUGAUCACCCCCAAAAACCCAACACCCCCACCUGCCAAUUUAUUGCGUGGCUCAAAAGUGACUAAUAAUGUGUGUUUCGCCCCCCUCCAAAGCCUUGAUGGAAAAACAGACCCGAGGUAGCUCUGCCCUUGGUUUGGAAAUCAAAGUGGGAUUCAACAGUAAGAGAGGGGAUUUCCACUGCAAACAGCUCCACAGAUACCCUCGUGCUGUCUCCCAAAGCUCGCUGCCCCCAUGACCCUCUUGGACUCUAGUCCGAAUCUGACUAGAAGCCAAGGGGGAAUCAUAGCUACCUUUAUAGGGACCCAAUAUGGAACUCCAGACAAAACCAGUUCAGAUUGGAGGAGAAUCUUCUGCAGUUUUAGCUCAUUUUAAUUGGAUCUUUUUAAAGACUUUUUUAAAGUUCUCGUUUUAAAGAACUAAAAAUCCUCUAAAUAUGGUGAACUUAUGACCUUCACCUCUUCACGCUUGCUGGAUGGCAGCCGCUGUGAAAUGUAAUUUCUGACUAGGCCAGUGCCUGUGAUGUGGUAUUUCCCCCUGUGCAGCGUAAAGGAAGCUGUGGUUCAUUCUGAUGCCUUUCAGCGGCUUUUCUGACACUUCCCGGGGAACGUUUUGUUUAUUUUUCAGUGGCCUCUGUAGAUGUCUGUCUCUGAUGGCUUCCCCAUCACUGUACUGCAGGGUUCUUGUAUUCUUUCCCCUGCCUAAUACAGAUUUCUCUUCUAGUGACAUCAUCUCAGAAAGCUUUUGCUCUUAAUUUCCCUUAGCUACUCUUAACAUAGCUAUCUGAGCGCUACUGGAAGGUGCAGGUAGGUGGGAAGAAGUCAAGAAUUCUAACCACCAUCUUCUAUCUGGCACUGUUCUGCUUCAAAAGCAAUGGAGCUGCUUGCCUCAGAAGCCCGGUAGGUGACUGUAGGUCAGGCAGUAGGUAACUGUGCAGCAGAAGGAUUAUGGUUCGGGCUCUAUAUCCCUUAUUCACAGCAUCACAAGUUUUCCAGACACUUUUGUUCUCAUUAGUCUUGAGUAGGAAGAAACGCAGGAAUCCCCAACUGAACGAAGAAGAAGGAGUUGAGGUGUAACGUAUCAAGGGAACUGCCUUCCUUUUCCAGUUUCCUCCAUCUCUUUGACCUGAGUUUGGGAUCAGGGGCUGGGAGAACCGCAGCUGUGAGGCAGCUGAUGGAUAACUCUGUGCCUUUCUAACAUCUCUCCUGCUAUUUAUCACUUGUCAGCUAUUAUAGAAGCGAUCUCCCCAACAGCUUCUUUUGGAGGCAGACUGGGGGGAGGGGGUGUAAGGAAAGGCUUGACUCCAAGUGAAAUCUGCGUCCUUUGUCCCAAUCCCUUUUGGAGAAGAGGAAGACUGUUAAAGAUUGCAUCUUUCAACCCCCAUCAGGGCGCCUCCAUUGGUGGGACGACUCCUUGUCUCGCAGGUUCUCCCCCUUUCCACCUUUGACAGUGGAGUGGGAUGAUUUUGUGCUGCUUUCGUGGGAAAGACUCACUUCUUGGCUGAUUUCACUGAUAACAGGAAACUUAUUCCCUCCUGUUGCAGUUUUGUUGCUGCUGCUCCGACUUCAGCUUUCAUGUCAUUCCCUUCCUGAGCUGCAAGUGAACAGUGUCCCUCAGAGCAGCAGGUUGUGUCACUCACGGGACUAAUCCCUAUCAUAUCAAGUUGCAUGAAUCUAUAUGGAUCAAAAAGCAAUUCUGGGCACUUCUUCCCUUCCUACCCAAUCAUCUCUAGCAUGAACCAUACCAAGGUAUACAUCAGAGUGAGAGGGCCUCUGGAAUGUUAGUAGUGUUCGUUUGAGCCUGCCUCGUUUGUGUAGCUUAUCCAAUGUAGCUCUUUACAUGUGGGUGAGGGGCUAUGCCUCUUUCUACCCCAGCAGAAGGGAGAAUUCACUUUCUUCUCACACCAUUGCUAAGGCUGUGGAAUGCUGGCAGGGUGUUUAUUUCUCUGGUCAUUGGUCCAUGGGCACAGGUUAAAACUAGCUUCUCAAUCUUAGCUCUGAAUUUCCUUUUUGCCUUUCACACCAGAUGCUCAGAGCUGCACCUGUGCAAAUGCACAAGCAAAAAGGAGCAUUGGCUAUUGCAGGUGCAAUUGUGCAGGCUAAUUAGGUGGCCUGCGGGUGUGAGUUGCCUGGUAGGCAUUUGAGCAGCCAGUUUCAGGUCUAAUUUCUAAGGCAAAAAUGUGUCCAUAACUGCCCUAAUUUACAUAUGCAAAUAAAAAAUCUGGCCCUUAAAGUUUUGACCGACUCUCCUGAAUUGUUUCUACAGUAGCACUUAAAAAUGAACCUGCAUUUAAUACAAUAGGGACACUUGACUUGAGAGACUCGUGACUCCUGUGGAGUUGUUCCAUCGAUCAUGUAAAUACAAACAUAGACCCUUACAUUGACUCAGUAGCUGAUCUCGGAGUAGAACAAAUCUCUCAUGCAUUUUUACCCAGGUGGGGGAAUGUUUGAAGAUAACGUGUACACUAAGAUUUAUUAAAAUGAUGUUAUGGGUCGUGAUUGCCACUUAGACUGCCCUGUAUUUCUGAGUCUGGCUGCGGAGUGGAGUGGUGGGGUAACCCUGCGUUUGUUACCUGUGGCCCCCAGACAUCAUGCACUGGAAGACAGGGGGGCUUUUCACAAAUAUAGUCUCGAUGCUUGUGUUUGAGUCCUUUUCUUAGGCUGUCAGCGCAUGCUCAGCAGUGUCUGAUCUCCAGACUGGUGCAAUGCCCCCACUUGGAGCGUGUUUCUCCAUAAUAUUUUAAUGGCAGUUUUUGAGUUCUUCCGUGGAUGCCCUUUGAACUCGAGAUGUGCUUGGCAGGAUGGCCAGCUCCUCACCCAGUGAGACGGCUGUGCAGAGAUCUGCAUGUGCUGCAGCUGCUUUUCAGAGACUUUCAGAAGCUCCUCUCAUUUAUAGGGUGCCCGACUAACUUCAGUGUCAGAACGUACCAGGCUGAACUGCUGGUACAUCGUGGUUUUUAUUCUCUUGCUAGAGAAUAGACAGUGACUGGAAUCUGGGCUAAUGCCAAAAAAAGGCCUUCAAGCUUGUGACAUUUCAGAAGCGAAUUCCCUUUGAUCUGGCCCUGUGUGAAUGGAAAGUUGACAGAGGUCUGAAGCCAUGGAAACUGGUACUUCACCUCUGGGGAGCAGUGGCCUUCCACGCUACGGUCUGUAUAGGGGCCUUUGGAUCAAGGUGUAUCCAUGUUUUGCAGGGAAAAGUAGAAUAAAGAAAAGCUGCUGUGAAGAGUUUGACCCAACAGCUUUCAGAGUCAAGCUGCAGAAGGGCAGAGUGAGAGAGAGGAGUGGCACUUGGUAGGUGUGAGCUAUACAAAAAAGAAAAAAAAUCAGGUUCAGCGGUGCAGUGUCAUUGGUGGAAUGGUAAUUUUAAGCAGUGUCAUGACAGCGUGCACAAGUAAUAGUGUCCGAGGUCUAGUCUGGCUGUACAAAUUCAUGCAGGCUGCGACAUGCCCUGGAGGGUGAGAUUUUAUAUCAUGUGCCCUGCUAGCCUCCUGAGCCCUACUGGCAACGUAGCCAGUGACAAAUGAAGAUUUUUUUUUUUCCCCUGGAGAAUGCCACUUACUGCAAAAGGGGCCCAGCAAGACCCUCUGCUUGUGCGAAAGCUGAGUGUGGGAAGCCAGCACAGAACAAGGCUGUUGCACCUGGCAGCCUAAGUUUCUCUAGUGAGAGCUUUAUGCAGUGGGGUUCCCCUGCCAACUUUCAGCGGAGGCAGGUGACAUCUGGGUUGGCAAAACUGACGUGUGACCGCUGGCAUAGUCACGGGUAAAUGGACUUUACCCACCUUCUCGUUUGGGGAAUAUGGAGUUUAGGUUCUUUACCCACUUUUUUUACCGUACGCCACUGUGUGUAACGAUGCAUCCAGCGCCAAUGUACAGGAGUUUGUAGUGCUGAUGCAUUUGAGGAUAGACAUCAAUACAGAGUUACUGUAGCGCUCUUCAGAAUGAGCCCUCCCUUUUGUAAUGUACACUUCCGGCCCGCCUGGAAGUGAAUGCCACUGAUGAAGCUGGGGUGGCUGAGCGAUGGAGGUGUUUGUAUCACUGUGAAAUCUUAAAGCAGCGGAUAGGGUUGAUCCCUGACAAGUUUUUACAACAAUAGGAAAACAGCAUCACUCCUGGUGGGGGCAGCUUCUCGCUAGGGAUCAUCUCCCGAGUGUUACAGUGCCUGCGUCAUAGCAAAGCAGCGGGACUGAAAUGGUGACGCUUGCGCAGACCCAUCACUUGCAGAUGGAGUAUGGUCCGUUGUGCCCCUGAAAACUGGGGUGUGAAACCCCUAUUUAAAAGAAGUAUUUAAAUGAUGGCAUAACCUCUCUGUACUAUAGAUCAGCUUGAAAAACUUACUGGUCUCUCCACCUGACCUGAUCACUGGGGGGUGGGGAAAUAGAUAGUCUUACUCCAAGCUCUCCUCCUGUUCAGUAGCCCCCUUGCUUUUAGUCCAGAUCAAGGUGAUAUUUUUACCCACCAUUAACAGGACGCUGCACCAGUCUAGUCCCUCCAAGCCAAUGAUCUCCAAGUAUUUUACCAAAAGCUGUUGCAAACCCUCUCUGCUCAUGGGGGACUGAGCCAAAGCCCUUUGGAGUUGAUGGAAAGACUCCCAUCGACUUCAGUGGGUUUUGGCUCAUGCCCAGAAUGCUUGCAGGAUUGGGCCCUCUCUGAGUGGCUCCAAAUGCCUCCGCCAACCCUCUGCUUCACCCGCGGGGAGGUUGUAUAAAAGCAGGGUCGGCUGGUAGCACAGGAGACCUUCUCAGGGUUGUCUGAAUCCAUGGCGGGGGAAGUGAGCGUGUUCCGUGUUUGUACAGCGCCCAGCACGGUGGGGUCCUGCUCCGUGACUGGGGCUCCUAGAUACUGUGAUAAUCCCAAUAACCAUCUGUGCUGCAGAGGCCUAGUGAAAGCUGGAGUGUGGAAGCGUGUGAUUGUGGGAAAGGGUUUUCUCUAAAUAGCAAUGAUGUGUAGCAUAAGUCCAUUUCAAGUGUGUGGAAUCCUGUCUCUUGACAUUGGGAGGUUGAUGGGCCCCUUUUAUGGGUUAGUUGAAGAAUUGUCAUUGGGCAGGGGGUGGUACCGUGUUUCCAGGCUCUGUGUUCCUGUGGGGUGAAGGCGCUUGUCUUUCGGAGGAGCAGUUACUUACCAGGGUGGGGUCUGCGUGUCUGAGCUGGCCCAAGAUGAGGAGCCUUGUGGUGGAGUUUGCAUCUUCUAGGGUGCGACAGAGUUCCCACCUUUGGGGGCAUCUCUGUUUCCCAUUGUUCGUGCACUGUCCUACGAGUGGUGCUUGCACGGAAACACCUGUUAGAGGAGGCUGAGCCCUGGUCUACACUAGGGGAGGGAUCGAUCUAAGUUACGCAGCUAAGCUACGUGAAUAACGUAGCUGAAGUCGGCGUACUUAGAUCGACUUACCGUGGUGUCUUCACCGUGGUGAGUCGACUGCUGCCACUCCCCUGUUGACUCUGUCUGUGCCUCUCACGGUGGUGGAGUACAGGAGUCGACAGGGAGAGCACUCGGGGGUUGAUUUAUCAUGUCCGCGGACAGGAAAUAGACUCCGGCUGGUCAGUCUGUUGGUCUAGGAAUGCUCUGCUGGCAGUAGCGCCAGGGAAUACAUAAACCAAACCCCUGCAAUCUGCACUGCAACCUAACCUAGCAGCUACCAGACAAACCAUGGCUCAGCAUCCUCUGACAGGUGUUUCCAGACAAGCACGCUUACGACAGUGCAUGAACAUUAGGAAACAGAGAUGCCCAUGAAGCAGCUGGAAACUCUGUCACAUCCUUGGAGACUUUCCUGAAUGUGGGUUUAUUUCUAGCUCAAUGUCACAUCCAGCAAACUUCAUAGAGCCUGUAACAACUAGUAGGAUGUCCAUGUGUUGGGCUGGAUUUUUUUUUUAGCUGUAAACUGCUGUGACUUGACAGGACUUUCCACUGGUACAGAAGGUUUUUGGCAGUCCAGACAGACUUGUAAAGUUCUGUUUACUUAGGGAGAAUGCAAAUGUGUAGCUUUGGGUAUCCACUUUCCCCUGUGGUUGCUGUAUGUUUCUAACAGUGUGGCUGCAGCAAUUCUGGCACAAGGUAUUAAGGGAAGGGAUGCAGCUCAUUAAGAAACGAUAACGGGGGAAGAAGGUAACUUUAUAGAAGACUUGCUGUGGAGAAGCGAACAGCUGGAGAAAAAUGAAACAGGCUCAAUGUUUACUUGUACCAGAUGACACUUUUAAUUUAAGUAGCUUUUUUUAUUUAAAACUAAUCACUGAGCAUAAUGCAAGUGCUGGCUUCACAUGUUGAAACAGAGCUGUUUGAUCUCAGAUUGCUAGCUUAGAAGAUAAUAUAUAAUUUUGUGUGUAUAGACGACUACUCACAUGGCCAAACUUCUUUCGUUGUGUCCAGCUGCCACAGGACUGCAUGUUGGUCUUUGUGGUUCAGGGCAGACAAACAGUGGAACGUACGAGAUACUUGAGAUCAAUAGAAGAAUGAGGUAACUUAUGUAAAUGUGAGUGCAACUGAUUUGUGUGUGUGUAUGCUAAAUUAAAAUUAUGUAAUUAUGUGUGGGUUUUUUUAUUUGGGUUGCACUCUAAUUUUCAAUCUUGAUAAAGAAAAAAACACUUGUUAGUUGUGUUCAUUUGCUUUAUAAAGCAAUAUGCCCUUUGUUGGUUGCUUUUCCCCCUUCCUUCCCCUAAAUAGUUUUUCUCCUAUUCCUAUGUGUAUCCUUCAUUAACAAUUUCAUAUGGCACAGACUGCAGUCUCCACCUGGCCUUUCAGAGAGAGGUUUGUAGCUGGUGUCAAUACCAUUGUCGUCUUAAGUGUUUGUAAAGUGCCAUGUGCAUCCAUGACACCAUAUAAAUAACACGCCAGCUAUCUGCCUUCUACAAAUGGUAGCAGAGAGAGGAAAGAUGAACUUUCUUUCUGAAAUGCCACUUGAUCCUCCAUUUCUGGCACUUAAACCUCUUAUGCUACAAACAUUAACAUGGAAAAUCAGAACUGCAGUUUAAACAAUGCACCUGUCCCAGUUUGUGUCCUUUUGCGGGGGCGGAGGGGGAUUUUUUGCCUCUGCUUGUAUUUGGUUUGGGGAGGAAAGGGGUGGUUCUGCAAAAAAACAGCAUUGAUUUUGCAGCACUUGCCCACUGCAUCCCAGGUAUCGGAUAGCAAGCUGUGUGAACAAAGUGUGUGUGUGACUUUUACACCGAUCAUGAUUACCCAAGGAGCCUUUUCCAAUUUAAAAUAAUAAAAAUGAAAGUUUUGUGAA